UCGCUAAGGGAAGACUGGAUACUUGUGGAGAAGCAACAGAUCCCAGCUGGAAAACAAGCUCACAUCUGGAACACAACCCGAACAGGCGAUUUCAUUGUCGCUUAUAUGUGUUUUUUUUCUUUCUUCUUCUUCUACAGGAGGAGGCUGAUGGCAUAUAUUAGUGCGUAAUUUAAUACAAGACCCGGAUUUAUUCUCGUCCAUCUUAGUGUUGCUUUGAGAAAAGAAAAGUUGUUGCAUUAGUUGUAGAUUUUGACGGAUGACACUCAGGAAAAAGACUGGAGUGGCAUUACUUCAUGGCUCAGUGAGUUGACCCGACUGCGCACAAUUAACCCGUUUUUUUUUUUUUUUUAAUUUCUACUCUCAACAUUGCAUUAAUCUAAGCGCAACACCUGGAUGCAAUUGCGAUGAAUCGAUGAAACCAUCCUAAACACCUCCAUGAGUCUGUCCGUCUGGGUUUUUCUGCACAGCAUCGCAGCCUCAGACUGACUUUUGUAACAGGUGGUUUUGGAGCUUCUCACUUUGGCGCCGUCUGCACCGGUUUGGGCUAAAAUGAACCACAAAGGCCACUAUUAUAAGGACUGGCCUCUGAAAUGAGGGUGCACCUGUGUGUGUUUUGAUUUGCUUCAGUUUUCUUUGUUUUUAAGUAGACUAUAAGGAGGGGCUGCUGCAUCUGCAUAAAUGAUCAGCUCGGUGUGUGUUUCGUCUUACCGAGGGCGCAAGUCUGGGAACAAACCCCCGUCCAAAUCAUGUCUGAAGGAGGAGAUGAACAGAGGGGAAGACUCGGACAAAAUUGUCAUCAACGUGGGAGGCACACGGCAUGAAACCUACAAAAGCACCCUCCGGACUCUGCCGGGGACCCGCCUGGCGUGGCUGGCCGACCCGGACGCGCAGGUCAGCGUCAACUCGGACUCGGCGCCCCCGAGUACCGCGGAGUUCUUCUUCGACAGACACCCGGGCAUCUUCGCCUACGUGCUCAACUACUACCGGACCGGGAAGCUGCACUGCCCCGCCGACGUGUGCGGACCGCUGUUCGAGGAGGAGCUGGCGUUCUGGGGGAUAGACGAGACGGACGUGGAGCCGUGCUGCUGGAUGACCUACCGGCAGCACCGAGACGCGGAGGAGGCCCUGGAGAUAUUCGAGCCGCCGGACCCGGAGGACGGAGACGACGACAUGCCGAGGCGGUUCGGCAUCGAGGACUGUCCGGACAGGUCCAGGGGCUGCUGCGAAGUUUGGCAGCCGAAGAUCUGGGCCCUGUUCGACGACCCCUACUCCUCCAGGGCGGCCCGGGGAGUGGCAUUUGCUUCUCUCUUCUUCAUCCUGGUGUCCAUCACAACCUUCUGCCUGGAGACCCACGAAGCCUUCAAUGAACUGAGGAACCGGACGGAGCAGGUUGUCAAGGGCAACAUCACAUAUGAGGUGGAGAGGCUGGAGUUUGUCAUCAUACCCGCCCUGACCCACGUGGAGGGUGUCUGUGUGAUCUGGUUCACCUUUGAGUUUCUGGUGCGCAUCAUCUGCUGCCCAGACAAGGUGGUCUUCAUCAAGAACACACUCAACAUCAUUGACUUUGUGGCCAUCCUGCCGUUCUACCUGGAGAUGGGUCUGAGCGGUCUGUCAUCCAAAGCAGCCAGUGACGUGCUGGGCUUCCUGCGUGUGGUGAGGUUCGUUCGGAUUCUGCGGAUCUUCAAACUGACGCGGCACUUUGUGGGCCUUCGUGUGCUGGGCCACACAUUGAAAGCCAGUGUCAACGAGUUCCUCCUUCUCAUCAUCUUUUUGGCUCUGGGGGUUCUCAUCUUCGCCACCAUGAUUUACUACGCAGAACGCAUCGGAGCUGAGCCCGAUGACCCCACGGGCUCCAACCACACACACUUCAAGAACAUCCCCAUCAGCUUCUGGUGGGCGGUGGUCACCAUGACAACACUGGGCUACGGAGAUAUGUACCCGCAGACGUGGCUGGGGAUGAUGGUAGGUGCGCUGUGUGCCCUGGCUGGAGUCCUGACCAUCGCCAUGCCGGUGCCCGUCAUCGUUAAUAACUUUGGGAUGUACUACUCGCUGGCGAUGGCCAAACAGAAGCUGCCAAAGAGGAAGACAAAGCACAUCCCCAACCCUGACGCUCCGACCGACUCUGCAUCGUUUGGGAAAUCAGAAUCCAACUCACACAGAGACAGCACUCAGAGCGACACGUGUCCACUGGCUAUAGAGGAGAGCAUCAGCAGGAACCGCUCAGACUCCAAACAAAAUGGAGAUGCAAAUGUGGCCCUUUCAGAGGAGGAGGGCUGCAGCCUGACUCAGCCGCUGUCCCCCAGUGAAAAGUGGUCUCUGCGAUGCUCCAGGGGACGAGACAAGACCAAGAAGGAGGGCACCUGCUUCCUCCUGACCUCUGGAGACACCAACACUGUUGCAGAAAUGAAGUCUUUCCUGAAUAAUUCACAGAACGCUGGCAGAGAGCUGUAAAGACAUCCUCGCCGCCACUGGAAACUAUGCUCAGCCGGAGGUCACCACUCUGACCUGAUGCUGAUUGGCUUUGAGAGGAAAAAAAAAAACAAAACAUGAACUCACAGUGGAGUCCAUGCUGUUCACAGCCUUGCUUUGUCUUUUUCUGAGUGAACUGCAGACUGGAUUAUUUUUCAUUUUUCAUUUUUCAUUAUUCAGUAUCAUGAUUUGCUUUUGUCUUAUAAUACAUCUAAUGGUAGAAAAUCAGUUGCUUAGCAGACUUACCUGAUAUAUGUACACUCAUUUACAUGUUAUAAAGCAUUUUGCAUGGUUGCAUGAUGAAACGUAAUAUGACAUACCAUAAAAGAAGUGAAUAUCAUUAUUAUGUUUAUCAUUUUGUAUGCUUGUCUUAAAAUGAAAGUUUUCAUUCUUUGCAUUUAUAUUUAGGAAAGCCUGUACAGAUGCAAUUAGUUUGAGUUUUUUUUUUUCAACUCAAAGCACCGUCACUGUCUUAUUUUCAUAAAUGUCCAAUAAGAACACCCAAAACCUUGUGAAUAUGGGUUUGUACAGCAAAACUGUUACUGUGAACUAGAGUUAGCUGAAAACAGAAGCUCAUUGUUUGACCCUUGUCUAAAUAGACCCACGGCUCUUUGUUGAUGAUCCGGUCUCUGCCUUCUGUUGUGCCACUGCUUUUUAACACUAACCACAGACACAACAUGAAGAUACUUGCCAAGACACAGCAGACACACUGGUAUAAAUACUGCUCAGGCAAAAAACAGUUUGUAAAUCCUUGUACAAAAAGAGAAGUUAAGUUGAGAAAAAAAAAAAAAAAUGUUGGAGCAGUAUUGUCCGCCUGUUACUUUA